AUGGGAAGUGAAAGUAUUUCUUUUCCUUUGAAUUUUUUUAAUACUGUUUUCAUUCACGAUGUUCAAGAUAACUCGUUCCAGAAAUGGAUGCUGGACUUGCAAAGAAAGUUUUUUCAUUCAAAAAUAAGAAGCUUUAUUAACAUUAAUAUAAUAAAAAGACAUAGAAAGUGUGAUGAAACAAAACCUGCUUGUAAGAAUUGUACAAACGCUGGACGUAAAUGUUUAGGAUACGGGAUCAAAUUGUCAUUUGAUGUUGAUGACAAAAGGGUGAAAUCUUUCGCUGCUGGAUUUCGAGGAAGACCUAGGUUGAAUGAGAGUUUAUCAGCCAGAAAUGAAGGGAGAUACUCAUCCAUAAUGAAACCAAUAGGUACAAGAAAUCAAGAUUCAAAUCUGCAUGCAAAAAAGAAGACACGUCUGAAUACUAGGGUCUCUAUUAUAGACCCUAAACCGUUUGAGUUUGUUUAUCAAGACCCUGAGACUGAGUUCAACUUUAUCAAUAUGGACAAGAUAGACUCCACAAUUACUCAAAUUUCGGAGCUAUCAAAUCCAAUUUCUCAUACUGUCUCUAUACAACAGAAUAUCGAAGAUGCUAAUAACAAGAUACUUGAAGAUUCUGAUAUACAUAGGCAGCUUAUAAUAAGAGCAGAUGAUUCACUGGAGAACAUAAAAAUUAAUCCAUUUUUUGGAGUAGAACUUGAGCAAAUAUCUAUUCCUAGAGAAGUUCUGUUAUCUGAACGAGAUUAUUUUGUGGAUCAUUGUAAGUAUUGUUUUACUUUCUGA